AUGGCUGCACUCGCUUCCAAGCAGCAGUCGCUCAAGAUCUUUGAGAAAUUGAAGACUAAGCCUGCGAACAAGAUCUGCUUCGAUUGUGGCGCCAAAUACCCGACCUGGACCUCAGUCCCCUUUGGCAUCUACCUCUGCCUCGACUGCUCGUCUAAUCACCGAAACCUCGGUGUCCAUAUCUCCUUCGUCCGAUCCACCAACCUCGACCAAUGGCAGUGGGAUCAGCUGCGCGUGAUGAAGGUUGGCGGCAAUGAGUCGGCCACCAAGUUCUUCCAGCAGAAUGGAGGUACCGCGGCUCUUAACAGCAAGGACCCCAAGACCAAGUACCAGUCCAACGCUGCUACCAAGUACAAGGACGAGCUGAAGCGCCGCGCCGCAAGAGAUGCUCAAGAAUACCCUGACGAGGUUGUCAUUGCCGAAGCCACCGAUGCCGACACAUCCACACCCGCCGGCGAGCCUGACGACGACUUCUUCUCCUCCUGGGAUAAGCCCUCUAUCAAGAAGCCCACGCCCCCCAUUUCUCGCACUUCGACUCCCCCGACCGUCGGCCGAACUGCCUCACCCUUCCUCAACGCCAACAACGGAGCCGGCAUUGCACGAUCCUCCUCGCCUCUGUCCAAGGCCGAAGGCGAUAACAAGCCCACGGCCGGCCGCGUAACCACUUCUGCUGCGCUGCGUAAGACUACGACUUCUACCGGACCCCGUAAGGCCAACAUCUUGGGAGCCAAGAAGGCGCCCAAGCUUGGAGUCAAGAAGGUCACGGCUGAUCUCAUCGACUUCGACGAGGCUGAGAAGAAGGCCAAGGAAGAGGCGGAGCGCAUCGAGAAGCUGGGCUACGACCCCGAGGCUGAAGAGGAGAAGAAGGCUGCAAAGGUGGAUGUUGUCGCGGCUCCAACUCCCGCCGCCCCCUCGGGUGGAUAUGGGUCAUCUAGCCAUACCCGUCAAAAGUCUGACGCCGAGAUGGAGCGCUUGGGCAUGGGUGUUCGCAAGUUGGGCUUUGGCAUGGUUGGUGGUGCCAAGGGUGCUACCGCAGCGCCCAAGAAGGCUGGAACUGGUGGUUUCGGUUCCGUUGGCCCCAUCAAGGCCAAGACUGAGGAUGAGAGCGAGAACUACGCACGCAGCAAGUUCGGCGCCCAGAAGGGUAUCUCCUCUGACGAGUUCUUCGGCAAGGGCUCUUUCGACCCCAACCAACAGGCCGAGGCGAAGAACCGUCUGCAAGGUUUCGAGGGCGCGACCUCCAUCUCGUCCAACGCGUACUUUGGUCGUCCCGAGGAUGAGCCGCAAGAGGAAUACGGCGACCUUGAGGGCGCCGCCAAGGACUUCAUUCGUAGAUUCGGUAUUACCGCUGGCGACGACUUGGAGAACCUUGGCCAACUGGCGGGCGAAGCCAGCCAGAAGCUGCAGGGUGCUAUCCGCGCUUACCUCGGAAGCUGA